AGGUUCAGAUAAUAUCUACACACCCGUAUACGUAUUCGCGGGCGCGUGUGUGUAUAUAUAUAUAUGUAUGUAUAUGUCUGCAUAUUCAGUAUUGUUGUUGUUGCGGAUAUUCUAGCGAUGGAGAGUGGAGUACCGAGGAGGAGAAAGAUGGAGGGUGCGAGUUCUGCGGCAUCCGUCAAGAGAAGGAAGUUGGCGUCCGAUAAUGACGAGGAGGAGGUCGUUAGCCACUUCUGCGGCGGCCUGAGUUCGCCGGCGGAGUCCGAGACUUCUGGUCUCGUUCCGGUGUUUCGUUGCUCGAGUAACGAGUUGAGCGAGUUGGUCAAUGGAGAAUUCAGAUCCGUGGAUUCGAAGGUGGAAUCACUGGCGGAGGGUCUUGAGACUGAGAUCUCAACGCUUGUUAACAGUCCAUUCAGUGAAGAGACGAUUCCUGCAGGCGAGCAUAGCGCGGAGACAGUCGAACUGGAGAGUUCGACGGUAACAAAGGCAUCGCCGGCGAGAGCCACCCGGAAAAAUCCGGUUGGCGAAAUGCCGUCCAUGGUGGAGAUCCAGGAGUUCUUUUCCGCGGCCGAGAAGUCCGAACAAAAACGAUUCACCGAAAAGUACAAUUACGAUGUAGUGAAGGACGUGCCAUUGGAGGGCCGGUACCAGUGGGUUCGAUUAAGGCCAUGAUGAAGAAGAAAAGUAGAUAAUCAAGAGGGUACAUCGAUCGAGAUCGAAUAAAAAGUGACACGGGUGCCGGAGAAGCAUCUGUUUGUUCUUGAAAAUUGUCUUCCUAAUUGUAUGUAUAGCUUUCCAUAUAUCUAUUUGCGAGAAGAAGCUCUUGGAUUCAGGGACGAUAUAUGAUCAGAGAAGCUUCGUCAAUCUUCAGGAUGUGAUGAACAGUCAAUAUCUCGGAUAAAAUUCACACAUUAUCUUGAGCCCUACACUAUACUUAAUUCUUCGUCCUCUCUCUUGCCUGCGCGCAUUAUUGGUGGUCCAGUGCAGAAGGACGUCGAUCAGUAAAUUUUACGGCAAGUGAAUUAUUAUUAAUUUGAAAAUGAAAAGUGCACUUUGUUUGAGCUU